AAUCAUGCUAAAAAAUAAAGUUUCUAGAAAAUUCUAAUAGAUGUCAUCAUUAAUAAAAAAAAGAAUUUUGAAGAGAAAUAAGAUAAAAUCAAUAACUGCAUCUGAGCAAGUACAUCCAUAUAUCGGUUUGUUUCACAGGGGGCUAAUCUAUAUUUCAUAUGUGUACUCAAAUUUUACAAAUUAACUACAUUACGGUAUACAGAAAAGAUAUAAAAGUGUUACGUAAAACAUACACAUUAAAAAUAAAAACAAACUUACAUAUAUGUAGUUAAAUAUUUAAAAUAAAUAAAAGUAAAUUAAAUUAACAUAAUUAUUAAAAAAAUUAUUUUUAAAAAUAAGUUAAUUUUAUUAACUGCAUCAAAAAUAUAUAGCACAUAAAAAUAUGGGAGUAAAUGAAAACGCUCCAGCGCAAUAUUCAAAUUCAAACUUAACUUUGGAAACUUUUAAAGAAAUUUUCGAAAAGUGUAACAAGGAUGUUGUAAUUGAGUCGAUUGAGGAAGCGCAAGGAUCUGGUCGUGGUGAUAACUAUACGGCAACAUUGUAUCGUGUUCAUUUACACGGAUAUUGUAAAAGGAAUAAAUCCAAAUGGGAAAAAAGUGUCAUAUGCAAACGUUUACCAGACAAUAUUGCUAGAAGAGAAGCAUAUAACAGCGUACAACUUUUUUGUAACGAAGUUAGAUUUUAUACUUCCAUCAUGCCAGAACUCGUUAAUUUUCAAAGAAUGAAAACUGCAGAGGUUUUUAAAGCGAUGCCUCAGCACUAUUUAGCCGAAAACGAUCUUUUAAUAAUGGAGGAUUUACGUACAAAAGGAUUUAAAAUGGCAGAUCGGAAAGCCGGUCUAACAUUAAGUGAAUGUAAAUUUGCUUUAAAACAAAUUGCAGUUUUACAUUCAUUAAGUUUAAGUUACAAAUUCGAACGACCUAAGCAAUUUGAAAAAUUAAAAGCCGUUGUAAAAGAGCAAAUAUUUUGUAAAGACAAUGAAAAUUGGUAUAAAGAUUAUUACACACAAUUAACAAAAAAUGCGUUAGCUAUGGUAUCGGAUGUGUUACCAAAGAGCUCAAAAUACAUUGAAAAAUUAAGAGAAUUUGUAGAAAGUUCAACUUUUUUUAAUCACAUGAUCGAAUUGGUAUCAAAGGAAUCUUUCUUGUCAGUAAUUUGUCAUGGCGACUGUUGGACAAACAAUUUUCUCUAUCGUUACGAUGACAAAGGGGAAGUUUUAGAGAUGAGUUUUGUGGACUUUCAACUGAUAAGAUAUGGAUCAGCUGCUUUAGAUGUUGCAGAUAUUGUAUUUUGCUGUAUAAACAAAGAAAUGAGAGAUGAACACUUAGAAUCAUUAUUACAAAUAUAUGUUAAUGAAUUUUAUAAGACGUUGAAAUCAUUAACAACUUUGCCAGAUAUAAUAAAUACAGAAUCAAAAUGUUUAGAAGUGUUUAAAUUGGAGUUAAAAUCGUUUGGAAAAUUUGCUCUUGGAAUUGCUUUAGAUAUAGUUCCAAUUAGCACGUGCUCUCCUGAAGAUGCUCCGGAUUUAUAUUUAGAGAAAGCAGAUGAAACUUAUGCAGCUCCAACGUUAAAUUUUCCUCCGAAUGACUUGUGCAAAAGAAAGUUUUGUGAAAUAGUUAUAGAUUUAGUAGAUAGUGAAAUUCUCUAAUUUGUUGAAUUUUUUUAUUCAUAGCAUUUUAAAUGUUUGUAAAUGUUAAUUAAAAUUUUACAAGUUUUAAUUUUUUUGAGUUUAUAAAUACAUAUUAUAUUAAAGUUCAUCAUUUUUAGGCAUAUAACUAUUAAAUAUUUUAAGUAUAUUAAGUUUCUGA